CAUAUUUUACUUUUGACGCGCUUCCCGAACGCGCUGGGAGAUCAUAUGGUCGAAUGUCACAGUUGCAUGCGCGCUGCCUUGGGGAGGUUCGCGACGCUGCAGACUUGGGCAGGCGUUUAUCUGGCGAUUAAGUGAUUAAGUCAGUGGCCCGAAAAGCUCCCGCACCGUUAUCAGGCGAAUGCGCUGCUUCGCGACUCUUUCAGCCACUUCACGUCGCACUCUCCGCCCGUGCAUCGUAGUAGCCGACUGGCCGCGCGCUUCUUGAACAACUAUGUGUGACAAACUGAAAGUCAACCAAGCCUGCGUCACCGUACACUCUGCUUACUCGUUCCCUCUUGAUCUCUACGCGCAAACGUCGGAAUGCUACGGGUGUGCACUUCAACUAGUCCACCGUGUGCAUCGUCAUAGUCAAAAUUACAGUGUCGUCUUGGGCAGCAUCUACGAGACAGAGGUGCAGCUGCGGAAGCACCAUGAUGACGACCCAUUGCCCAACUGCACCUACCGUGAGCACCUCGGCGAGCAUGGCUCAUAUCUGCUGCGCGUCUCACGUGAGGGCCACUGCGACUGGCAAGUGGUCGAGGAACCGGUCAACAUCUAUAAUUGUGUUCGGCUUUUGUUUCAAUCAGCGCUGUCCCCUCAGACUCUCAGCAAGGCAUAUUAGGUACUGCUGUGGCUGUUGAAGAUGGCCAGGCCAUACCCACUGUUGCCCCUAAAAAGCGACUACGCUCUCUUGAUGCUCUAAGAGGGCUCUCACUGGUGCUGAUGGUGUUUGUCAACUACGGUGGCGGCAAGUACUGGUUCUUCCACCACAGUCCUUGGAAUGGUAUCACCCUCGCCGACCUGGUCUUUCCAUGGUUCGUGUGGAUCAUGGGCGUCUCACUUGCUAUGACCAUACGGUCACUCCUUCGCAAGUCUGUCACCAGAGGUCGUAUAUUCCUGCAAAUUGUGAAGCGCUCCCUCAUCCUUUUUGGGCUUGGCAUAAUGACCAACACUCUUUCUCGUGACGUGGACCUAAAUGCACUGCGCAUUCCCGGUGUACUCCAGCGCCUGGCUUUCUCCUAUUUGGUGGCUGCCACGGUGCAUCUUCUGUUUGCCAAGCCACAUGAGGGACAGCUGGGGCUACCUCGGUCCAGGAGGCUUGCACCUGAAUAGCAGUUUUGAAAACUGCACAGGCGGGGCAGCUGGUUUUAUUGAUCGAAGAAUCCUUGGCAACAAGCACAUCUACCAGACACCAGAUAUGCGGCACAUAUAUGACACACACCUUCCAUAUGACCCUGAAGGUACACUAGGAUGCCUUACAUCCAUAUUUCUGGUCUUCUUGGGCCUUCAGGCUGGCAAAAUCCUGCUUACGUUCCCCGAGUGGAAAGCUAGAGUCGUUCGCUGGUGUAUCUGGGGCCUCCUUUGUGGCAUUGUUGCUGGCAUCCUGUGCAAUUUCUCAAAAGAAGAGGGUUGGAUUCCCGUCAAUAAAAACUUAUGGUCGGUGUCCUUCAUUCUGUCUACAGCCAGCACAGCCUUCUUUCUUCUCGCCAUUCUGUACUACCUUAUAGAUGUUUGUGGAUGGUGGUCGGGGGCACCGCUUAUCUAUCCAGGCAUGAACUCCUUGGCCGUGUAUGUGGGGCACGAGAUCUUGCAUGGUGCGUUCCCAUGGGCAUGGCAGUGCCCAGAGUCACAUUGGUGCUACCUCUUUAUGAACCUCUGGGGCACUGCACUGUGGGUGGUCUUUGCCUGGCUCAUGUUCCGCAGGAAGCUCUUCAUCUCGGCGUGAAGGAAUGGCCAUCCACGCACUGGUAUCUUCAAUGUUUUGUCACAGUGUGAACGUCGUGCUGUGCAAAUAUCUCGCGCAAGUUCAUCUUGCCACACAUAUUUGCGGGUUGGCACGCAUUGUGUGGCCACUUUACAAGCGUUAUUACCAGAAAUUGUUAUCCUCGUUAUGCGUAACCUCAGGUGCAAAAGGUAUCAGUACAUGUACAUAUGUAUACUAGGAUGGUUUUACUCUGGAAGUUACAUUGUGACCAGAAGCUCACUUAUGGAGAAGUAUCUUCGGGAAUGCUGACACAGCACAUUCUCAAUGUUCUCAGUGCAAAAAGAGAGAAAGGUGCAUGUCUGGGAGGUCUUGCUAGUGCAGCCUGUUUGUUUUGGUACCGGUCGCACCUCUUAAACGGACACUCCUCUGUAACACUUUUUGGCCUGGCCCUGCUUUGUGGGUCGUCAUGGCAGAAUAUUCUGAAAGCUGUCCCUCAAAUGGAGAGAUCUGAAGCUUGUGUACGUGUUUUGACGCUCAUAAAAUUCGGGAAUUAAUGCACCUGAAAAAAGUACUAUAAUGUGGUGGUGAAAAAUUCGUAAACUGGGGGUGUGCUGGAGCCGACAUUUCGACAAGUAGACUUCUGUUCUUCAAAAUGCAACUGCUUUCGGAAAGCAGUUGCAGCUUUGAAGAAGACAAGUCCGCUUUUUGAAACAAUGGCUCCAGCACACACACCCUGUUUACGAAUUUUUCAUUUCCAUCUUCCCCUGACUCCUGCCUUUUCUUUAUAAUUUGGUGAGUGACAUUGGUUGGAAUUGCCGUACGUUUAACUGAAUACGUGGUUUUCGAAAAGUCAACUUUUCCACGAUUUUCCGGUUUUCAAAGUUCGCGUCCCUACUUAAGCUGAGAGAUAUACGAAAUAUUACAUUCAGUUCAGUUCAGUAGAUGACUAGCAUUGUCAAUGUUGCCAUUGUACUUUUACCCAUUUGAACAAAAUGCAUUGACUCCAAUCUACUAUUAAUAUUGUGUACAUUGUCAAGGUGAGCUGACAUCUGCUUUUUGUCUGCUUUUUUAGUAGACUGCUAUCAAUUCAGUGUUCAUGGUUCUGAGCCUGAAUUAGUCCAUUGUGCCAAACAUAUUUAUAGUAUGAUCCUUUAUUGAAGUCAACCAAUUUAGAAGGUUCAUGAAGGUUCAAGCUACAGGUGUUACCUACAGGUGCUAGAAGGUUCAGGUGUGUUACAGGUGUUACCUACAGGUACUAGAAGCUACAGGUGUUAGAAGGUUCAAGC